CCUCUGCUGCUGCUUCUGCCGACUGAGGGAGCGGAGCGGCUCGUCGCGCGGCCGGAGGGACCCUCAGCUUCGUCGGCCCGCCGCCUCGCCUCGCCGCCGCCGCCCCAGCCCUCCUUCCCCGCUUCGUCGGAGCGGGAGCGACGUCGUCAGAUUUUUUUUCUAACUAAAAUGUCUAAUGGUUAUGAAGAUCACAUGGCUGAAGACUGCAGGGACGAUAUCGGGAGGACAAACUUAAUUGUGAACUACCUUCCUCAGAACAUGACCCAGGAUGAAUUACGGAGCCUGUUCUGCAGCAUUGGGGAAGUUGAAUCCGCCAAGCUUAUUCGAGACAAAGUGGCAGGUCACAGCUUGGGUUACGGCUUUGUGAACUACGUCACAGCGAAAGAUGCCGAAAGAGCCAUAAACACGCUGAAUGGCUUGCGACUCCAGUCCAAAACUAUCAAGGUUUCAUAUGCCCGCCCAAGCUCUGAGGUUAUCAAAGACGCAAACCUGUACAUUAGCGGACUGCCGCGGACAAUGACACAGAAAGAUGUUGAGGACAUGUUUUCACGGUUUGGACGCAUUAUCAACUCGCGCGUGCUGGUUGACCAAACUACAGGUCUGUCCAGAGGGGUGGCGUUCAUCCGGUUCGACAAGCGCUCGGAAGCCGAAGAGGCCAUUUCGAACUUCAACGGCCACAAGCCCCCCGGCUCCUCCGAACCGAUCACGGUGAAGUUCGCCGCCAACCCCAACCAGAACAAAAACGUAGCACUGCUGUCGCAGCUGUACCACUCCCCGGCCAGACGGUUCGGGGGCCCCGUCCACCACCAGGCUCAGAGAUUCAGGUUCUCUCCUAUGGGUGUAGAUCACAUGAGUGGGCUUUCUGGUGUAAAUGUCCCAGGAAACUCCUCUUCGGGAUGGUGCAUCUUCAUCUACAACCUCGGCCAAGAUGCCGAUGAGGGAAUCCUCUGGCAGAUGUUUGGCCCCUUUGGCGCGGUGACUAAUGUCAAAGUCAUCCGCGACUUCAACACCAACAAGUGCAAAGGCUUUGGCUUUGUGACAAUGACAAACUAUGAAGAAGCCGCCAUGGCCAUAGCGAGUCUUAACGGCUACCGGCUGGGGGACAAAAUCUUGCAGGUUUCCUUCAAAACCAACAAAUCCCACAAAUAAUUUCGCUCGUGGCUUUUCUUUUUUUUGUAUGGAAUAGAUAACCGAGUGACGGGAAAAGUUUGAAACCUUUCUUUUUUUGUUUCCGUUAGUGUACAACUCGAUUCUUCUUUUUUUUGUUUUGCGCCAGUUUUCACACAAAGAAAGUUGUUUGUCUUUAGUCUAAAUGAGAAGUGGGAUAAAAGGGUUUUUAUAUAUUCUUGGGAUGCCACCAACAUGUUCAAAUGUUUUGGGUUGUUUUUUUUUUAAGUCCUGCAAUUGUUUUAUCGGUUUUUAAUUUUAGAUGGUUCUGCUUCAUGACCUUGUCCCCGAGCCAAAACUAAUAAUACAAAUAUAUAUAUCUCAACAAUUACCAAAUAGAAUCCAAACCAGCCCUGAAAACGGCCAGGCUUGCUUUCCCUUAAAAGGUUAGCUGUUGAUUUCACUGCCAGGACGGGGGCAUUUCAACCAAGCUUCAACAUAACGUUGCCCCUGGUUGCCAAGGGCAAAGCUUGGAAACUGGAACUUUUAGUUAGCGGAAAAGUUUGCUAAUCCGCAGAAGGAAAGUGUCUGUAAAGAGACUCUGGUAAACGAGAGCGUGCCAGCGUUCAGUUAACGCCAUUGACCAAGCUCGUUGGUCAGUAGGCGCAUUUUUUUUUUUUAUAUGUCAAAUUGGAACAGCUUUUUUAGCCCGUCCAUGCCCCCAUUUUUAAAAGCCCAGUUUCCAAUAAGAAUGGACCAAAGAGUUUCAGAGAAACUCUGGGAAGAUUUCAGAGUAAAAAUGAAACUCCAAACCCAGCAUUGCCACUUCCGCGGAGUUCAUACCUCCAGGUAGCACAUCGUAUUGUGUUACGUUCUGGUCAGAUAAAUGUGGCAUGAUCUAACAUUAACUUCCUUUCAAAUAUAAUUUUUUAGUUCGAAUUCUUGCAUCCUUAGGGUUUUUUUUAAUAUAUAUAUAUAAAGCUGUUAAUGAACAUUUGAGCAUUGUCAUUUUUUUGCAUCCCUUCUAAUAAGUACUAGACGAUUUCCCCCACUAUUUUAAUAGGGGUUUGUUCUGACGAUAGCUUUACAUAUUUGAACUCUCAGCAGAAAAGUACAUUAAAACUUGGAAGGUAGAGAUUUAAGAGAGAAAAUAAACGAUUUUUUUUUCUUUUUUUGGGUAGACUUAUACGAUUUUAAUUAAUCCCCUGAGUUUUCUGCAGGCUGCCUUGAAACUUUGAGUUCUGUUUUCUGUUAAUUUUCUUUUGCUUUUUUGUGUUUUUGUUUGUUUUUACUUUUGCAUUUAAGACCAAUUAAAUUUGAUUUGGUUUUGCUCAAA